AUGUCUUCUUUACCAUUGAUAACGCCAACACCACCUCUUAUUUCUCCUGUGACAAAUUCCAUUUCAGUUACAACAUCUGAUAUAAAUUCUUAUCGAGAAAAAGGUUAUCAUAUUGUUCCUAAUCUUCUUUCUCCUUCUCAACUUGAACAAUGGCGAACAAUAAUAUUUAGUGCAGUAGAAGAUCGUGCAGAUAAAAAAUAUAAAUUUGCUAAAACAGAUCAAGAAGAUUGUACCAAUAUUGAUUUAGAUUAUUAUGAUAAUGUAUUUACACAACGUGUUAAUUUAUGGCAAACACAUAAUUCUGUUAAAGAACUAUUAUUAGAAAGUGGAAAUGUUAUUGGAAAAAUUGCUGCUCAAUUAGAAGGUGUUGAUUGUAUAAGAAUAUGGCAUGAUCAAGCAUUAAUUAAAGAAUCUUUUGCAAAUCCAACUGCUUGGCAUCUUGAUGUCCCAAAUUGGUCAUUCACUACACUACAUUCAAUAAGUGUUUGGAUAGCUUUAGAUGAUGCAACAUUGGAAAAUGGUUGUAUGUAUUUUAUGCCUGGAUCAAAUAAAGUUGUUGAAGAACGAUUUUAUGCAUCAAAUAAUAAAUUUCCUGAAACAAAGAUUGGAAAAAAUCUUUCUGAUGUAUUUAAUACUUAUCCUGAAUUAAAACAAAGACAGACAGUUCCUGUAGUGUUAAAAGCAGGAAGUGCUUCGUUUCAUAGUGGUCAUUUAAUUCAUGGUGCUGGUGCUAAUAUGACAACAGGAAGAAGAGCUGCAAUGACUAUUCAAAUGAUGCCUGAUAAUAUGAUUUUUAAUGGGACACAAAAUAUUUUAACAAAAGAACAAAUUGAUGAAUUAGAAAUAGGUGUUUCACUUUUUAAUAAUGAUAAUUAUAAUCCGAUUUUAUAUAAAAAUAAAUAA